AUGCCUAAAGAAGAUUGCAAGACAGAAAAGAAUAUAGACAGUAUUGAUGAGAAUGUAUUAAAAAAGUAUGAUAUUUUAAAAAAAGUUGGUAAAGGAGCUUAUGGUGUUGUAUUUAAAGGUAGAUGUAAGAAAAAUAGAAAUAUUGUGGCUGUGAAGAAAAUAUUUGGAGCAUUUCAAAAUUGUACGGAUGCUCAAAGAACAUUUAGAGAAAUAAUAUUUUUGUAUGAGUUAAAUGGACAUGAUAAUAUAAUAAAAUUAAUGGAUGUUAUAAAAGCAAAGAAUGAUUAUGAUAUAUAUCUUAUAUUUGAUUUUAUGGAAACAGAUUUACAUGAAGUGAUAAAAGCAGAUUUAUUAGAAGAUAUACAUAAGAAAUAUAUAAUAUAUCAAUUAUUAAGAGCUUUAAAAUAUAUUCAUUCUGGAGGUUUAUUACAUAGAGAUAUAAAACCAUCAAAUAUAUUAGUAAAUUCAGAAUGUCAUAUAAAAGUAGCAGAUUUUGGAUUAGCUAGAACUAUUUCAACACAUAUCAAUGAAAAUAAAAUACAUGUACUAACAGAUUAUGUAGCUACUCGAUGGUAUAGAGCUCCUGAAAUUUUAUUGGGUAGUACGAAUUAUUCUCAAGGUGUUGAUAUGUGGUCCUUGGGUUGUAUCAUGGGGGAAUUAUUAUCUGGAAAGCCUUUAUUUACAGGCAAUUCUACAAUGAAUCAAUUAGAGAAAAUAAUACAAGUAAUAGGAAAACCUGAUAAAAAGGAUAUAGAAGAUAUUAGAUCAUCUUUUGCUGAGACAAUAAUUUCUUCUUUUGUAGAUUUAAAAAAAAAAAAUUUAAAAGAUAUAUGUUAUAAGGCUUCAAAUGAAUCCUUAGAUUUAUUACAACAGUUGUUACAGUUUAAUCCAUCCAAAAGAAUAAGCGCAGAAAAUGCACUUAAACAUAAAUAUGUUGAAGAAUUUCAUUCAAUUAUUGAUGAACCUAUAUGCAGACACAUUAUCACAGUUCCCAUUAAUGAUAAUGCUAAAUAUAAAGUUAAUUUCUAUAGAGAUAUUGUUUAUUUUAUUAUUAUGCGCAAGAAAAAAAUUUACUCUAAUGAACUGAAACAAGCAGAAAAAUAUAAAAAACAUGAAAAGAAAGACGAAUAUUAUAAAAGGGAGAAACAUAAAAAAAAAAAAGCUACAGUUCAAAAUAAUAAGGUACAUAUGAAGGAUAAAGAAUAUAACCAUAAGAUGAUAUGUUCACAAGGGAAUACAUAUGAAGAUAUAAAGGAUGACCAGAAAAAAUAUAAAAUUUAUGAAGAAACUCAUGUAGAUACAUCAAAACAAAUGGAUUGUCUCAACAUAGACCAUGUGUUUCAUAAUAGCAGUGAUAUAUCUUAUGAUGAUAAGAGGAAAAACACAAAAUUGGAAUCAGUAUACAAGGAAAUAAAAAAAAAAAAUAGCAUGGAAAAUGUUCAUUGUAAGGAUGAAAAAAGGAAAGUAUUUUAUGAGGAUAGAAAAAAGGAGAGCAUAACGAAUUUUACCACAACAACGACGGUUAGUAAAAGUGAUGAUGAAGAAAUGGAGAUGAGUCAGAUGGAAAUAAGCGGACAAAGAAAAGAACAAAUGGAAGGACAAAGAAAAGAACAAAUUGAAGAACAAAUUGAAGAACAAAUCAAGGAGAUUCAAAAUAAUAUUAGUAAGAUUUCCAUAGGCAGUAAUACAAUCAGUAGCACUAUCAGUGGGACUGAACCUAAUAGUAGACAUAAUUUUAAUAAUAACAAAAGUGUUGAAUCUUUUUAUACUAAAGAAAGGAAAAAUAAUGACACAUUGUUUCAUGCUAAUAAGAAGUUUAUAUUUUCUAAAGAAAAAAAUAAGAUUAAAAAUUAUAACUUAGAAAAAAAAAAUUCAAAAUAUAAGGCAUCUUCUGGUUUUAAAAAAUCAUAUGAAAAAGAAAAAAACAUGCAUCAUUAUUUUGAAACCAAAUGUAGUAGGACCCCAUUAGGGAAGAAAGAUGGGAAGAAUUAUUAUCAUUCUAUGGAGGAUAAAAGGAAUAGAAAAUAUGAGGAUGGAAGUAAUAAAAAAUAUGUAGAUGGAAGUAAUAAAAAAUAUAUACAUAAUAAUAACCAUUUUAAUAAUAAUUAUUAUCACUAUAGUCGUAGAGGCUCUUUGAAAAGCUUAAACAAAGAUGAAGAUAGCUGCCUCCAAAGAACAUGCAAGAAUACAGCAAAAUUACAUAUGCCUAAAGUAAUAAAUAAAAUCACAAAGCCAUUAAAUACUUUAUCUCGCAAUUAUUAUAAUAAAGACGAAGAAAAAAAAUAUAUGAGUAAUAGUACGUUAAAAAAAGAAGUGAAGAAAAAAAUAUGGAGACAUCUUAUAGAUAAUGAGAAUAAAAAAAGUCAAGAUAUGAUAGAUUAUGAUUAUAAUCAUAAAGUAAAUAAGACAGAAAAGAAUCAUAGCAAAAUUAAUUUUAAAUAUGAUGAGAAAAAGAAAAGGGAGGAGAAAUCUGUUUCAAAUACGGAACGAAAAAGAUAUCAGGAUACUAAUACCACUUAA